AUGCCACCAAAGAAGAAGUGCUCGCGGGGUAAUUCGUGGUGCGAUGAUAGCACAAAGUGCCUUCUAAGUAUUUGGAGUGAUUUGAAAGCACAAUCCCAACUGAAUAGUCCCUCGAAAGCCGACAAUGCUGUAUACAGCAAAAUCAGCAAUGCUUUACAUGACAUGGGUUAUGAGAGAACGAGGUUUCAGUGUAAGGAGAGGAUGAAAACGCUCAAGAAGUCGUACAGACAAUACCGUGAUGCACUGAACAAAAGUGGACAAUCACGCAGAACGUUUAAAUUCUACAAGGAAAUGAAUGAAAUACUGGAGAUAAGGCCAGCCACCUCUCCUGGAAAGGUGAUCCAGAGUCUUAAACCACCAGUAUCAGAUGCAGAAGACUUUGAUGCUGCUGCGGAUGGUGUUGAUCCUGCUUCUGAGGAGAUUGAGGAUGUCAUACCUCUGCUCGAGGGUGAGGAUUUGGACAUAGAUGUCUCAGGAAUCGAAAACAAGGAUGAUAAAUCAUAUGCUUAA